AGUCAGUGGUGUCUUACAAAUCGAAGACGUCAUUGUUUCUUAAUAGACAUCCGUCACAAGCUGUUGUCAAAUAAUUCACAUCGUAUUUUUACUUUUCACUCUAAAUAUCAAUAUUAUUAAACCAUGGGGUGUGAUGGAGGCACGAUCCCUAGAAGAGACGAAUUGGUUAGACUUAAAAAGAAGCCUGAACAGAAAGACAAGGAGUCCGAACUAGCCUACCGAUGGCGUCACUGUUCAAUCACUCAACAACCACUGCAAGAACCCAUAGUCAUGUGUGGCCUGGGCAGAUUGUACUCAAAACAGAAUGUCAUUGAACAUUUACUGGAAAAGGACAAAAUGCCCGGAUCUGCAUCGCAUAUCAAAAGCUUGAAGGAUGUGAAGAAUUUGCAACUGACCCCGAAUCCCGUAUACACAGAUUGCGACAAAACGGAAGGCAGCUUGGACGUUCGCUCGGCACCAUACAUUUGCAAAUUGAUUGGUUUGGAAAUGACCGGAAAAUUUCGUUUCGUUGCAUUGUGGACUUGUGGAUGUGUGUUUUCGGAACGAGCAUUGAAGGAAAUCAAAUCGAAAAACUGUUCUCUGUGUCAUACACCGUUCGCCGAAGAGGACGUCGUCAUUUUGAAUGGAAAUGAAGAGGACACCGACCUAAUGUUAUCGAAAAUGCAAGCCCGUACAGCCCGACAAAAGGCGGCCAAAAAGGAAAAAAAGGCGAAGAAUCAAACUAAAGAAAUAACUCAGACCGUGACGUCUGCAGAUCAGCAAUCCGUGGCGGGUUCUUCGGAACAAGCAGCUGUUGUUUUACCUACAUCAUCGCAUUCGAAUACAAAGCCUACACAUACUGUGAAGCCGAAUUUGAAACGAGAAGCGAAGAGCGACGCUUUGAUUGAUCCAGACAUUAAGAAACUGAAGGAUGGUGUUUUCAGUGUAGCUGAAGAUAAGAGUAAAACGGAGGUCUACAAGUCGCUUUUCACGUCGCAUAAAAGUGAACAAAAUCAGUCAAGAGCACAUUGGGUAACGUACAAUCCAUUCUAUAAUUAAAAAUGACUUGAAUUUUGCACUGUACAAUUUGGUUUCAGUAUACACUAAGCUAUUGUUCUUGAAUAUCAGAAAUAAAUGAGAUUUACAUGAAAAA